GAUGUCUCGUCCAAAAUACAAUGAUAUAAUGUCUAGAAGCUUUCAAAAGAUUUUAAUAUAGUAUUUUGGACGAAAAACCCUUGAGCAAACUGGAUAUUUCAGACUCUUGCGCUUGUGAUUGCACUGGCGCCAUUUUUGAUCAGGGUCAGAGUGACAGGGCAGGAAACGUUUCGGUCGUCUGACAAGUUUCAGUCAUUGGAAAGUGUUCCGUUGAUUCGUCACGCAGAAAAGGGGACGAGGAGGCUGAAUCUCCGUGGAAAGAUGUGUCUGUCGUGUGGAGACGGCGUGAGACUGAUCCCGCUGCUGUGGAUGCUGACCAUGCCGAUGUACGGGUCGUUCCUGGGCCCCGAGCCCGUCCUGCGCCUGUCAAUCAUGCUGAUGAUCCAUGCAGGGGUCGGAGCAGCUCUGCCACUCGGACUGGCUUUUGUGGCGCCGUACCUGCAGGUGGGAGCUCUGGCUCUGAUCCUCUCGCUGCCCGUGAACCUGCUGCCGUACGCGCUCGUCUGGCUGUACGACAAACUGCUACUGGUGUCGGAGCCGGCGCUGCUGCUGGUGGAGGCGGCGCAGGUGGUGAGACUGGCCAUGGCUGGCAGCGAGCUGGCGCUGGGGGAGAUAGAGGAGCGGCCGGUGCUGAUAAAGAGCCUGAUACUGGGCGUGACUGCUGUCUCCUAUGUCAUCAGCGCUGCGAUCGCUGUGGUUCUGUACAGCCAUGGCAGCUCCGCCUUAAACUG